AUGGCGACGGCGGGACACACGGGACAGACAUUGAACGAUAGGCUGAACGCCGCGCGGUAUGCGUUGGCCGGCCAGGGGUUGGCGCGAGUGGUAUGUAAGGCGACCACUGAGGAGGUAGAGCUGAACGCCGCGCGGUAUGCGUUGGCCGGCCAGGGGUUGGCGCGAGUGGUAUGUAAGGCGACCACUGAGGAGGUGAGCGGACCCAAGAAGAAGCACUUGGAUUAUCUCCUGCAGUGCACUCACGAGCCGAACGUAUCGAUACCCCAAUUGGCGAACCUAUUGAUCGAGCGGACCAACCAUUCCUCGUGGGUAGUGGUGUUCAAAGCGCUGGUGACGGUCCACCAUCUCAUGUGUUAUGGGAACGAGAGGUUCACGCAAUACCUGGCCUCCAGUAACUGCACGUUUCAGUUGAGCAACUUCUUGGACAAGCAGGGGGUCAAGGGGUACGAGAUGUCCACGUUCAUCAGGCGCUACGCCAAGUAUCUCAACGAGAAGGCCCUCUCCUACAGGACAGUGGCCUUUGAUUUCACCAAAAUUAAGAGAGGCAAAGAGGACGGGUCGCUGCGGUCGAUGAAUACCGACAAACUGAUCAAAACGAUACCGACCCUACAAUCGCAAGUGGAUUCCCUACUCGAGUUUGACUGCAACGCCAAUGAUUUGACGAAUGGUGUGAUAAACGCGGGCUUUAUGUUACUCUUCCGAGAUCUGAUCCGUCUGUUUGCCUGUUAUAACGACGGGAUUAUCAACUGUUUGGAGAAAUACUUCGAUAUGAAUAAAAAGCAGGCCCGGGAGGCGCUCGAUAUAUACAAAAAGUUUUUGAUUCGGCGAGAUAACUUCGAUAUGAAUAAAAAGCAGGCCCGGGAGGCGCUCGAUAUAUACAAAAAGUUUUUGAUUCGUAUGGACAAAGUGUCCGAGUUUUUAAAGGUGGCCGAGAAUGUGGGCAUCGAUAAGGGCGAGAUACCGGACCUCACCAAAGCGCCCAGUAGUCUGUUGGACGCACUCGAGCAACAUUUAGCACAAUUGGAGGGCAAAAAGGGACAGUCCUCUACAUCGCAGCCGACAAACGGCACGACCGCUAAUGGAUCGGUUCCGAGCGACUCGUUCAACGGCGCCGUCAAAGACCCCGAAAGCGCUUCCGUAAUGAAAGCCCUCGAAGAAGAGGAGCGAAUGCUUAACCAAUUGAAGGAGAAGCACAUGCAGGACAAGGAUGGCGGCGGAGCCAAAGCCAACAACCCGUUCCUCGCGAUGUCGCCCACGGCUGAGUCCAAGACGUCGCCCACAGCCGACAAAAGUCAGGGAUUAUUAGAUUUUUUCAAUGACUCGCACGAUUCCACGCCUAUUAGUACUAACCGCGCGCUGCCUACCGGUCCCCCACACGCAGGCAAAGCCAGCGACGAUCUAUUGUUCCUGACGUCGGCCAACCCGUUCGCCGACAUACUGAACGCCGCCAUUAGUAACGCACCGCCGAUGACACAGACGCCGUUUGGCACGUCGAUGGCGCCGGUGAUGGGUCAGCCACCGCAGCAACAGUCGAUGGGUCAGCCCUCGAUGGUGCCGCGCAUACAGAGCACCGGCCCCUUCAACGGGAUGCCCACGAAUGGCGGCAAUAUGUUCGCCUCGGAGGACGGCUUUGCGGCCGCUUUUGGUAAAAGUGACACAACCUCUGCCUCAGGU